AAGCAGAUCUUACUGGUUCAAAGACAGAACAGCAAGUUGAUCUUCUUUUGAGAGCUAGGGGUGAGAGUCUCUCACAGAAUAAACAUGACUGGAGAGACAUUCUGGUAGUUGAUGAGCUCAAAAAAUCUAAGGAGGAGAUCAGGAUCAAAGGCACUCUGUUGCAGAUGAGCCGCUAUGUGCAUGAGAUCUUUUCUGCCCAGCUCAUCUGGCAGUUUGUCCAUGCAUUUGCAAUCUGUGGGACCAAGAUGAAAGCAUGAGUGUUUGACUGCUCAGAUCUCUACAGCUCAGGCAUCAUCAACAUUGACACAGAUUCAAGACAGUUCUUUCAAGUGCUUGUGAGUUACACCAUGAUGAGUGAUAAGAAGCUGGGACUGGAUAUCUUUAUUGUUAGAGAUGAAGGUGGCAGCAAAUCAAUAACUGUCAAAGAGCCUGGAAACUCAGAGGAAAAGAUGCUGUAGCUAGGGGAAAUGCUUUCUUUUCAGCAUGUCAUUGUGUGUCGCGGGACAACAUGUUUUCUUGCAAAUGAUGGACAGAUGAAGGGUGUAGCCAAAUUCUCAUAGAUGUCAGACAAACGGCAGCCAGAGGCAGAACUUCUCAAGCUAGCAGGUCAAAAAAAUGUCCAAGGGGUUGCCAGGAUCAUUGGCCACAGUGUCAUCACUAGUAUUGCUGACAUGUGCUGCGGCCUGACCUUCAACAAUAAGCAACAUGACUUCAAAAGUGCACCCCCCAGCACACCCUCCUCCUUUCAUCAAUCUCAGCUGCUCACUGAGCCCUGUCGCCUAGAUCUCCAUCAAAAAUCAUCUUUCAUAAAGCACAGAUCCUCAGACAAGGGGAUGCAGACAUUCAAACGAUCGCGUUCCAUCAAUCAACUGUCAAGGGACACUCAGCAGGAGCAUGAGCCCAUCAAUCAACUGUCACAGGACACUCAGCAGGAGAAUGAGCUAGCUUUCUCCAUUCAGUCAGCACAUAAGCCAAGCCUAUUUGACAGGGAUGGUGAGGAACUCUAUGACAACCGUGUUCUCCACUGUCUUGUGAUAUCACCCGCUGGCUGGUCAAUCUACAGAUACAAGUCACCUCUGGAGCUGCUCAAGGCUCUUCAUGAUGCAAUAAAGACACAUCAGUCUCUAUAUCUGGAUGAGAACAUUCUUCAUCAGAAUAUUUCAGAGAUCAAUAUAAUAAUAACCAAUCCAGAUAAGACAGAUGAUCUCUCUGGCAUGCUAAUUGAUCUAGAUCUUGUCAAAGAAGUUGAUAGCCUUAUUAUUGGCACUUCCCAAGACCCAAACCACUUAUACAAUCCUAUUAUUAAGGCAUAUGAUGACACAAUUGCUCAAUUGGAACUUGGAGACCUUGCUAGCAAUAAAUCUGUUUAGUGUGCUCUCAGAGUUAAAAGUAAUGUUCUGCUGAUUUGCUGAGUUACAUAGUUGAUUCUUGAUAAUAUUAUUUUUCAUUUACUCAUUUCCCUGGGGAGGAGGUUAUUAAUGCCCAUUGUAAACGACCCGAC